AUGGAUGGAAAUAAAGUUGACUUUGCUGCAAGUAUAGGGAAGAUUGAUCUAAUUAAAUUAUUAAUUCAAUCAGGAGAAAAAGGGACGGAAUGUGCAAUUAAUUAUUCUGCAAAAAAUGGACAUCUUGAAGUACUAAAAUAUUUAAAUUCAAUAGGAUAUAAAGGUGCUGAAGAUGCAAUUGAUAAUGCUUUUGAAAAUGCUGCAAAAAAUGGACAUCUUGAAGUACUAAAAUAUUUACAUUCAAUAGGAUAUAAAGGUGCUGAAGAUGCAAUUGAUAAUGCUUUUGAAAAUGCUGCAAAAAAUGGACAUCUUGAAAUAUUAAAAUAUUUAAAUUCAAUAGGAUAUAAAGGAUAUAAAGGUGCUGAAGAUGCAAUUGAUAAUGCUUUUGAAAAUGCUGCGAAAAAUGGACAUCUUGAAGUACUAAAAUAUUUACAUUCAAUAGGAUAUAAAGGAUAUAAAGAUGUAGAAGAUGCAAUUGAUAAUGCUUUUGAAAAUGCUGCAAAAAAUGGACAUCUUGAAGCACUAAAAUAUUUACAUUCAAUAGGAUAUAAAGGUGCAGAAUGGAUAAUUGAUAAUGCUUUUAAAAAAGCUGUAAAAAAUGGACGUCUUGAAGAACUAAAAUAUUUACAUGAAUUAGGGUAUGAAUGUUCCAAUGAUGAUGAGGAAACAUGUGAUGAUAGCUUUCUCCCUGUUGGGAUAUUAGUCAAUGAACAAGACCAAAGAGAAGAGACAAACAUUUAA